CUGCUCGUUUGCCCGUCUUCUUUUGAGGAGAGCUGCUUAUUUUGCUUCUACUUAAGACCAUGCAAGAACAUACGAAGAAGAGCGGAGCUUGUUAGAGCAGAGCGAGUGCGCGACCAUGACGGGUGUCGAGAAAAACACGGAAAGCGGGAAGACGGUGUGUGUCACCGGCGCCGGCGGGUUUAUAGGGUCGUGGCUCGUCAAGCUGCUCCUCUCCCGUGGCUACACCGUCCAUGGCACCGUCCGCGACCUCGGUGAUAGCAAGACUUCCUAUCUCAGGCGUUUAGAUAAUGCUGCUGACAAGCUCAAGCUUCUCAACGCUGAUCUCCUGGACAAUGAUGCAAUGGCAGCUGCUAUUGCGGGAUGCCAGGGAGUUUUCCACGUCGCCACUCCUGUUCCUUCGGAAAAGAUAACUGAUCCAGAGCUACAAAUGUUGGGCCCUGCUGUUACUGGCACCACCAAUGUGCUCAAGGCCGCAUCUGCUGCAAAUGUCCGGCGAGUGGUCGUGGUAUCAUCCAUGGUCGCCGUCGAGAUCAACCCAAAAGACUGGCCGCAUGGCAAAAUCAGGGAUGAGAGCUGCUGGUCAGACCAAGAAUUUUGCAGGAGCAUCGAGAGCUGGUACCCUGUUGCCAAGAUCGCGGCAGAGGCGGCGGCGCUCGAGUACGGGCGAGAAACCGGGCUCGACGUGGUGACUCUCAACCCGUCGCUGGUGUUUGGUCCCAUGCUCCAGCCGACGGUUAACACCAGCAACCAGUUCCUCAUCUACUUCCUCAAAGGAGGUCCUGAUCUGAUAUGGGACAAGCUGUGGCACAUCAUCGACGUCCGCGACGUCGCCGAGGCGCUGCUCCUGCUCUACGAGGCGCCCGGAGCCGCCGGCCGGCACAUCUGCGCGCCUCACUUCAUCACCGCCAGGGAACUGCUGGCAUUGCUCAAGAGCAUGUACCCUGGGUAUCCGUACAUAGCCGAGGACAGCAUACGUGACAUGGAUCACCCGGCUCGGAUGACUUCAGGCAAGCUGGAGAAACUGGGGUGGAGCUGCCGGACGAUGAGGGACACUAUCACGGACGCCGUCGACUUCUGCCGGGAGGCCGGGUUUCUUGAGGACGCGGUGGAUGGCGCGCCAUGCCGUUUCCCCCCUCUUUUAAACAAAAUUUAGCGGCAGCAGAGAAGUAUUUGGUAGUAGCAAGUAAAUGCUGUGUUAUCAUCUCUAUCUCUAUCUCUAUCUCUAUCUCUAUCUAUCUCUACUAUAUACUAUUAAAGCCACGAAGUUGGCAGGAACAUCCAAUCUCAGCCUUCCAUUCUCCAAGAUCGGACGGCUAAGGUCUCUCCAAUGACAUUUCCAAACAGACGCAACCA